UCAAAACACCAAGAGAAAGAGAGAUCUAAAGAGAGAUGGGGCGAGGACGGGGGCGGGGGCGAGUGCCGUGCUGCGAGGAGGUCGGUCAGAAGAAGAGGCCAUGGACGCCCGAAGAAGACAUGAAGCUCGUAGCCUACAUUCAGAAGCAUGGUCACGAGAAUUGGCAUGCACUCCCUAAACGAGCAGGUUUACGUCGAUGUGGGAAGAGCUGCCGCCUGAGGUGGAUCAAUUACCUUCGGCCCGACAUAAAGCGAGGCAACCUCACAAGAGAGGAAGAGGCAACCAUCAUUAGGCUUCAUAAGUUGAUGGGGAACAAGUGGUCUAAGAUCGCCUCGUGCCUCCCUGGAAGGACCGAUAACGAGAUCAAGAAUGUGUGGAAUACUCACUUGAAGAAGAGACUUUCAUCCUCCAGUUGUAACAUUUCAUGUGUCAAUGAUGGUAAUUUAAAGGUCGAUGAGGAUGGUGAACAAACAAAUUUCGAAUCCUCUGCAAAUUUGCCAAAAAAUAACUCGUUCGAAGUGGAAUGCAGUCAAGAUUCGGUGAACUUAAUGAGUGAAAUCUUCAUGGAAUUAGACCGGUGCAACAUGCCAAUAGGAGAGCUUCCAAGCAUCUCUUCGUCAGAAUCACACAUAGCAUCCUGUGAUUUCCAACCACCUCAAGAUGAUAGCAAGAACAACCAGGAUUACUUAAUCCAAGAACCCGAAAUCCCCAUCGAUCCGGAAGUUUGGAGCAUGGUAUAUGAUGAUUCCUGCUUCCUUAGUCCUCAGAUGGGUCCAGUGGUGGAAGAUGGAGCUCACAACAAUGCACCAACCUCUGUAGGAGAUUCAACAGGGGAGGUUGGCAACAAGGGAUGGCCGGGUUGCUUAGAGAAGGAGAUGGACUUGUGGGGUACAGUGGACGUCAAUGCGGUCGAGUAGAUUGGUCCAUGGGAAUGCCAUGGUGGGGUCGUGGAGGAAUUGGAUCCGGUCCCGCUGUCAUUGUCAAAGGACACCCUGCCCAUACUUUCGCACGAUUUGUGUGUGUCGACGUGGAUUGGGUGCAAAACUUGUACGGUGAUGAAAACUACUGUUAGGUCUCUGGGCCACUCCUAGCCUUUGCAGGGGUCAAUGUUGUAGGUAACGUAUUAACUCGAACCAUUAUAACCGUAACG